GUAUCUUUCAUCGACUCGGUUCUCUUUCCUUUUCUACCCCCACCGAAAAAGGAAAAACAAAGAAGAAAAAAAGCUAUGGCUUCUUCGUCGCUGCUCCGAUCCGCCGGCGGCGCGCUCCGGCGGUGGAUCCCUCGGCGCCUCUUCCCCAGCACCAGCUACCGGGUUUGGUUCGGGAGGAGACAAUCUGGCUAUGAACAGGCGUUCGCGGAGAGCCCGCGGCGGCGCCAUCUCGGCUCCGAUUGCGGCGGAAGUACCGACGACAAUCAGAAACGUUACUCAAUGGAUGAAUUGUUGAAAUGCAAAAGGCAAUUAGAGAAGAACAAGGAGGGAGCUUUUAGGCCCGCUGACAUUCCAGACCAUGAAAGCAAGAAAGACGAGCUCUAUAGAAAGAUGAGAUCGACUUUUGACAAGCUGUGCCACUGCUUAGAUGAGCAGGAACAUAUACUUCGAGAAAUUGAAGAUCAAGUUGACAAUGAUGAAAAGUUUGAUCAAGUCAAACAAUAUCUGGUGGCGAUCCCUAGCUUCGUUUGUAUUGGUCUUAUUCUUGAUAGGAUGCAUAUGUUUGGUUGAGAGAUUGUGUUAUGACUUUUGACUUUUGGCUAGUUAGUGUACCCGAGGUAUUGACCACGCUAUAUAGGACUUGGUUGUGGACACAGCAAAUCAGCAAUAUACUCUGUGAUGUGAUCUGAUUGAUAAAGGUGUAAGUGGGUAACCCGUUUAUUUUGACUUAUAGGUGGGUUCAUGGGUUAGCCACUUAUCCUUAAUGAUUGACCUCAUUGAUGUUAGAGAGACCGCUACUACUUGUAUGAUCGUUUUGAACGAAGGAAAUAAGGAAGCGCAAUUCAAAGGGAUCUUAUGA